GCUGCGCGUGGGCGGGCACCGCCCCGCGGUCCCCGCUGCGGCGCUCGCUCCGAGGACCCGCCGGCCCCUCAGCCCCGCCGGCCCCUCAGCCCCGCCGGCACCCAGAAACGCAGCUGAAUGGAGCUUAAAGGGCCACAGAUGAAAGAACUUGAACACGUUACUGAAGGUUUAAGAUGUGUCUGACAGUGACCUCCUUACCUUAGUAAUAAAGAAGAGUUUUUCAACAGGAGCUUAGGAUAUCUUUACUCCAACUUAUUAAUAUACUAACUGGAAUCGUGUUUUGACAACAGUUCUCCGUAGUAAAGUACUUACCCUACUACAGAACAGUGUUAUUUUCUCUACUGAUAAUGCAACUCAAUGGAGGAAAGUAGUGUUUUGAUAAGCAUGCGUGAAGAUCGUUCCUUUCAUGUGCGAUACAGGAUGGAGGCUUCCUGCCUAGAGCUGGCUUUGGAAGGCGAGCGCCUGUGUAAAGCAGGGGAUUGCCGAGCUGGUGUAUCUUUCUUUGAAGCAGCUGUUCAGGUUGGAACUGAAGAUUUAAAAACACUCAGUGCUAUUUACAGCCAGCUAGGCAAUGCCUAUUUCUACUUGCAUGAAUAUGCAAAGGCCUUGGAAUACCAUCACCAUGAUUUAACUCUUGCCAGGACAAUUGGAGAUCUACUGGGAGAAGCUAAAGCUAGUGGGAAUCUGGGCAACACUCUAAAGGUACUUGGGAAUUUUGAAGAAGCUAUUGUUUGUUGUCAAAGACAUCUGGAUAUUUCUAGAGAGCUUAAUGAUAAGGUUGGAGAAGCAAGAGCACUGUAUAAUCUGGGAAAUGUGUAUCACUCUAAGGGGAAGAAUGUAGCUAGUGCUGGGACUCAUGAUCCAGGGGAACUUCCAGAUGAUGUGAAAAAUGCUUUACAAAAAGCUGCAAAUUAUUAUGAGGAAAACCUGACAAUAGUAACCAAGCUGGGUGAUAGAGCAGCACAAGGACGUGCCUUUGGAAAUCUGGGGAACACACACUAUCUUCUGGGCAACUUCCGGAGUGCUGUUUUAGCCCAUGAACAGCGUCUCCUAAUUGCAAAAGAAUUUGGUGAUAGAUCAGCGGAAAGAAGAGCAUACAGCAAUCUUGGAAACGCCUACAUCUUCCUGGGUGAAUUUGAAACUGCUUCUGAAUACUACAAGAGGACGUUACAGCUGGCCCGACAGCUUAAGGACCGAGCUGUGGAAGCACAGGCCUGCUACAGCCUGGGCAACACAUACACUCUGCUGCAGGACUAUGAAAGAGCAAUUGAUUAUCAUCUGAAACACCUUGUGAUUGCUCAGGAAUUAAAUGAUAAAAUUGGUGAAGGAAGAGCAUGCUGGAGUUUAGGGAAUGCAUAUACUGCUCUGGGAAACCAUGACCAAGCUAUGCAUUUUGCAGCAAAGCACUUGGAGAUUUCAAGAGAGGUAGGGGAUAGAAGUGGGGAACUCACUGCUAGGCUUAAUCUCUCAGAUCUUCAAAUGGUUCUUGGAUUAAGCUACAGCACAAACAACUCCAUGAUGUCAGAAAGCCAGGUGGUAGAUAACAGUAUGAUCGGUACCAGACAGAGAGUAGGACGCCGCCAUAGCAUGGAGAACAUGGAACUUAUGAAAUUAACACCAGAAAAGGUUCAGAACUGGAACAGUGAGAUUCUUGCUAAACAGAAACCACUAGUUGCCAAACCUUCAGCAAAACUGCAUUUUGUAAAUCGACUGAAAGGCAAAAAGUACAAAACCAGCACCGCUUCCAAAGUUCUGCAGGAUGCCAGUAAUUCUAUUGAUCACCGACUUCCAACCUCGCAGAGGAAAAACAGUCGAGAGACAGUGGCAGAUGAAGGGUUCUUUGAUCUGCUGAGUCGAUUCCAGAGUAACAGGAUGGAUGAUCAGAGAUGCUGCUUCCAGGAGAAGAACAGAUUCUCAGCUGCUUCCGUGGCAACAUCCUCUACUCCACCUAAAACAAUGAGAAAAUCCUUUUCUACUUCUGCCGUCUCACCCCCCACAGAUGAAUUUCUAGACCUGCUUGCUAGCUCCCAGAGCCGCCGCCUGGACGACCAGCGCGCCAGCUUCACCAACCUGCCUGGCCUCCGCUUGAACCAACACACCAGUCAGGCAGUCCUGGGUCACCUCAUGGCAGGCAGCAACAGAGAACUAGAUGACGACUUCUUUGAUAUAUUGAUAAAAUGCCAGGGUUCCAGAUUGGAUGAUCAAAGAUGUGCUCCUCCAUCAUCUGUAAAAGGACCAACUGUGCCAGAUGAGGAUUUUUUCAGCCUGAUUUUACGAUCACAAGCUAAGAGAAUGGACGAACAGAGAGUCCAUUUACCCUCAAGUAUAAAGGGACCAAAUUCUAGGUGAAGAAAUAAAACAGGCACAUACUGGACAGUAGUAACUUUGGUAUCCUUUUUGUUUGCUGGAAAAACAUACAUGCCUUUUUACAGACUGCAAUUAGUAGUUUUGUCCCCUUUCUAAUAAUUUUUUGUACAAAUAGCAGCAGCAGCACACUUGGGACCAGUAGUUGGAGUUGCCGCUGCUCUCUGUGGUUGGCAGCUGCUUGGAGCCAUGUCUGAGACUGCCUCUAGUCUGUGAACACUAAUAGGAAACUUUUUUCCCUGUCAAGGUAUUCUCGUUGCUGAUUUGUGGAUUCUACCACUGUUUCCAUGUAGUGUAAGACCUAAAUUUGUAUGUUCUUUUUAAAGAAAACCUGAUUUUUUUUUUCUGAUUUGUACUUCCCUGGAAGAAGGUCCUGUUUUCUUUUAUACUUUUUUUAAAAAUUAACAAAAAAAAAAAAAAGAGAGAAAUAGCUUCAGUACUUAGUCUGUCUUUGUGUCUUCCAAACUGUGUUUCAGCAAUACUUUUUAUUAAAAAAGUAAUUAAAAAAAAAAUUCCAACUAA